AUGGCUGGUUUGCAAAGAUCUGCGGUGUCUUUCAGGAGACAAGGUUCAUCAGGCCUUGUUUGGGACGACAAAUUAGUGUCUGCUGAACUCAACAACGACCAACACCAAGACACAAAGGCUGCGGUUGCUGACAACCUUAACACAAAAACAACCCCACCACCCAACACCACCAUCCAGAGAACCCGCUCCAACGGCGGCUACCGCACCGGAAAACUCACGCCGGCGAUCGACCCUCCCUCUCCCAAGCUCUCUGCUUGCGGCUUCUGCACUGCUUUCUCUAAAACAGGGGAAAAGGGUCGCCGCGGCGCAAAGCCCGCUGCUAAGCACCGAUCCAGGUAG